AUGAUGUUUUGGUCGCCAGAUCACGGCCAGCUUUUUGAAGAUUGGGUCUUGAUCCUCCUCCUGGCAUGCUCUACGGUCACCUUUUUUCUGGUGCAUCAUGCCUUGGAAGUAGAGGAACCCCUGGAUGAAGCCGAAGACAUGUUGGAAGAAUCCCACACCUUGCGUCGUUCCACCAGAUCAGAGAGGACUUAUCGGGAGACAUGCCUAAUGAUUGACGCAGAACUUUGCAGGCCAGCAAUGCAUGCGGCUAUCAGGGGCUGGAACGGACGAUUGUUAGUGCACAGGAGGCAUUUGGAGCGUGUGCGAAUUUUUGCAUAUGUAGCCUUAUUGCUUUUCAUUCCGUUGAUGGUGGAGAUGAUUGUUUUCGCUACGUGGAAGGGGGAGGUCUUUCGGGAGUGGCUUUUCUAUGGCAGCUUGACAUAUCAAGCCAUAUUUGCGGCAGCUGCUGGGAACUACACCAACAUGCUGUGGGAGGAGGUGGCCUCAUGUGGGAUCUUCCUAGUUGGCAUGCACCCGCUGCCAAGGCAUUGUUGGAAACUCUUCGUGACGCUCAUGGCGUACUUGUUGCGAGAUUUCUUAUUUCUCUUCAUCCUGGUGGUGGGUGCAAAAAUGUGGCUCCCUGGCUUGGGCAUGGCAGCCUUGCUGUGGGAGGCUCCGAUGGUUCCUCUACUCUACCGGGAGGCAUGCAUGGCCACGAACAGGCCAGCUUGGUGGAUGUUGGAGAAUGCCAGCCCACUCUGGAGAUUCGCUGUGGUUUUGCUGAUUUGCGUGCGGCUGCCUUUGAUUGUUCUCCUGGUGAUCACAGCCGUCUACCUUGAGACUCCCUCGGAUUCGUCCGCGGUUGUCUUGGGCAUCCGAUUGUCCUUUCAUGUUGCUGCAGGGCUGUUGGUGUUGGGUGGCAUGUUGCAUCUUGUGGUGCUUUGGCAACAGUACCGAGCUGACAGCCAGUGGAUAAAGCAGGCGAAAGCCCUAGGAUGGCCUGCUGCAGCCAAAAAUGGGACGAGAAAUCCGCAACAAGAGGGGGACGAAGGAGAAGGUAUGCAACCAAAGAAGUCACUUUUCAGUUGCUGCGCCACCCCAAAGACGACCAGAAAAUCACAACGCAAUUCAAGGAGAGAUCUUCUGGACGCCAAAGAAUCAAAGGCGAAGGACGUCACGGAGGCCCUGCCUGUGUGCACUCUUCAACAGCUUCCGGAGGUUCCGAAGGAACAAAACGUUGCGGAAAUGCAAACAGUGACCGCCACUGGCUCAGCUAUGGCGGCUCAACACGAGCCUCGUGAAGCCUUGGUCCUGCGGUCCUACAGUUUCACGGGAGUCGUGCUGCGUGGCUUGCCGUCAGUCGAUUCGAUCAAGGGUAUGCGCAAUCGAUUGCCCAACAAUGGGGGGCUUUGGCGCAGCCAUGCUCCCAGUGUUCAAUGGGCCCACUACCACUACAGUGUGGUAGAGGCUGUCCCCACUCGGGCAGCAACUCUAGCGCCCGAAGCAGCGGAGGCUUCCGAGGAAGUGCCAGAGGUCGAGCCGGUGCAGCUGUUGCCAGAGGCUCCUCCAACUGGUGUGCUACAAGCAGCCGGGGAAGCUCCUGUACCAGUUUUUGCGAAGAGACCGCCUCCAAGUGCCCCAGGUAGCAGCAUGGGAAGUCAGAUGGCCUCAGCACUAGAUGAGCCAGCUCAAUUGGGUGGCUAUGCGCAGGAGGCGACUGGUUUCUGUGCGCACCCAGUCCCAGACCCAGAGGUGGAGCAAGCAGUGCCUAAGGCUUGGCGGCCAUCCUGGCUCACUGACGAGGAGGCAGCUAUCCUUUGUCAGCCAGGAGCUGCUGAGGCUUUAGAGGCGCAGGCUCGCGAAGCAGCGGAAAACACCGCGAAGUUAUCAAUGCAGGAACAGGAACACUUUGACUUUGAUGACACGUGGCAGGAUCCUGCGAUGGACGAGUGGGAGGACCCAACUUGGGCAGCUGAUUCCUGGCAGGCACAAGUUGGCUACAUGGGGAUCCAGGACAUGCGCAAAGAAGCGCCGCAGCUGGUGCCUUCAGGAGGCCCCAGUGAAGAGAGUGCCGCAGCCAAACCAGGUUCAGCUCCGGUCCACGCAGGAUUCCUGCCGGAAGCAAAACACCCGGCAGGGCCACGGGUUGUGCCUGUGCGUCCACACCUCCCCAAAGCCGGGCAGGUAGCCGGGACACCUACGCACUUAGGCCAGCUCGGUGUGGACCCGUCAUGGGAAUCUCAGAGUCAGGCACCCGGCGUGGCACCAACAUCUGGCCCGUGUUCAGAUGCGGCGCAGAUGCCAGCGGUACGGCCUCGGCUGAUGAUGACGCUCAACGGCCCCAGGCCUCCACCUCCGCGUGCUCCGCCAUGGGGUGGCGAAGGUGGCAGCGUAUCGUCUUCCGCUGGCGGCCCGAAUCCCCUCAGGUCAGUGCCGCCCCGGCCAAUGGUGGGUGCACGGAUGCCCAGACCGCCGUCCGCACCUCCACCGCCGGAGCUGCUGAACAACUUGGCCCAUGCCACCGCCGCGCCCAAAGCGGUUGCUGAAGGUGUAGACAGAAGCAGGAGCGAUGAUGCGAAUGAUGUCGGCAUGGAGAUGGGAAUGCAGAUGCCAGCUGGCAUGGAGAUGCCAAUGGGCAUGGAGAUGCCUUUUGACCCCAUGGCGCCGUUGCCCCCGCCACCACCGCCACCAUUGCCACCGCCACCGCUGGAGCAAGAUGAGGAAUUCACGGUGAGGAUGACAGCCGCCAGUAAAGGCGCACCGAUUUCGCCUCCAGUGUCUUUGAGACACUCGAACUCCGUGUCUCUCAGGCGAAGGCGCCACGGAGAGGCAAGAAGUCCCGAUGCAAGACCGGAGCACGAGAGGUCUUUCGCAGACCGCAGCAGAUCUAGGUCUCGCCGGAGAGAACGUAGAACAUCGACAAGGGGUUAUGAUCGAGACCUACAAAGGCGCGGUGAUCGUGGAGAGCAUCGAGGUCGUGAUCGUCAUUCCAGGCUUGGGGCCCAGUCACGCUCAAGAGGAGGGCGGCAUAGCCAUAGAAGAGAUGACAGAGACGACCGGGAUGAAGUUGGCAAGAGGGUCGUGUCUCUAGAUGACAUUGUCGGAACCAAUGAGAACAUCUGCUUGGAUGAUAAAUUCUCAGAUGGACGUCCGCUCACAGAGCUUGUGGACCUGCUGCUGCUUGGAGAGGUAGAUCCGCUCAAGGAUGACUUCCUGAUGCUUGAAUGUACAAGAGUUGAAGGAAGAUUACGAACGGCGGACAACAAGCGAUUGGCCUGUCUUCGAGAAUGGGCCAGGAGAAUCAAUCGUCCGGUGGACAUCAGAGUGGAGGUGACGGAGACCUAUGGCGAGAAACACUACGUUUCAGCGUUCCUGCAGCACUACACCACGGAGAGUGGAAAUCUCCCACGAGUGCGGGAUGGCAGGCCUCACUACCACCAAGAGGAUGAGGACCGUGGGCUAGAUCGACGGAGGCCCAUCGGCGCCAUAGGGCGGAAACGACCGCGAGCGGGGCAAAGGACGAUGCUAUGGGAUGCGAUGAGAUGCCCACAGGGUAAUUCCAGCUGA